UCACCGUCGAACGACUAGGAAUAAUGCAUAAUUUACGCGCUGGCCCAGAGCUGGUAAUGUGCGUGUGGGUUGGAGCAAAUAGCAUGAAUAGUGGAGAAGACGACUUGGCAAAAUGGCCGCGAUAACACCCUCAGAGAACUAAUGUUGGCAGUAAACCCACCUGAUACUCUCUGGAGAGUAGUCCACAACUGGUUGUUACAAACUUCCUUGGAGGCGAACAGUUCACAAGAUAGGAUCAUAACCAGAAUGCAGUCGCCGCCAACUAAGAGAUUAAGAUCAUUCUGUUCGAAGUAUCUGUGCCAAAAUUUCGAACGAAUUACAGUUAACCUAAAAUUGACCAGAAUAAUUAGGUGGCGAUUCAACUACACAAAAAGACACUGUUAUAGCAGGUAUUAAGGGUACUAAUCCUUAUAAUAGGUAAUGCUAUUCUUCGUAGAGACAACGCCACUGGCGAACCAAGAUCUUUAGGCAAUAAGGUGAGAAAUAAAAACAAAUUGUUAUUCACAGUAGCCGAUCGAUGUGAUCGUCCACCUACAUAUACAAACAUUGAAAUUUCCAAAAAGUAAGAUCUUAGUUGGCAGACAAAAGAUAUAAGCAAAUGCUGGAAACAUGGAGAUGGCGCGCACUUAAAUCGACCCUGAUAACAAAGUGUACAUUGUCACAAUCGUCGAGCCAAUUCGUAGUUUGCAGAAGGCCAAAGACACCAGAAUGGGGAAGUUGUUCCGUGUAUAACACUAAGCUAAUGUCCCUGGCAAUAGUGACCGCUGGUUGAAUCAAAACUGCAGACCGACGGCCAUAUUUUAUGCCCGAGGGAGAGAGAGAGGGGGGGGAGGGAGAGAGAGUAAGAGAGAGACUUGAUGUCGGCACUUUUAUACAGGUGUUGAAGCGAGGCCUGUGUUGUAUGGGAGUGUGUAGGGUGUCGUGGCCGGGGACCAGCACUGCAGCCAUAUGGUCACUCCAAGUUCGUCGAUACUGUUGGAUGGACGUCGCAAUACAGUACCCUGUGGAGUCCGUCCUAAUGUAAAUACGCCGCCGACAAAUGCCAAACAUAGGGAGGCAACAGGUGAAACCAUCUAGGACGGUUAAACUCAGUGCAACCGUGCUGAUAGCAAGUAAGUGUAAACAAUACACUGACAGUCCCCACUAAAUGUAUCGGUGAACCUGAUGAGUAUUUCUACUCCGUCCUUCCACCGCAGCUACGCUCAUUCCUUGCGACACGCGGUGGACGUUAUCGCUUGAGACGAUUGAACUGUCAUGCGGGUUGAAAGUCGAUUUGCGCACUUAUGACACUCUUAUUAGUGCUCCGUGUGAUGUCUUACUCCCAACCCAACUACUUCUGACAGUCCAUUCUCACGGCCUUUACUGCGGCCGCUUAUCCAUGCCGCUUUCCGGCCACCUAGCGCGCCUGCCAAUUGCUGAUUGAGUGCGUGUGACGUUGUCCUCCGACCUCCUCCUCCGCCAUCUCCUCCCACUCCUCCUCCUCCUGCACUGCCUCAACGACGGCCGCCUUGGCGACUGCCACGCAUGACAACACCGCACACAAACCUGACACCACACCAGGCACCACCCCCACUGCCUCCGACUCCAGCGAUGAGGAUCAGGACUACACCUGCCCUCACUGCGACCGCACCUUCACCUCACACAUCCGCCUAGUCGGUCACUUGCGAAUCCAUCGCACGGAGACUGGCGAACCAAUGCCUGGAGCACCAACCUACACCCACCGCACUCGCCUCCCCUGCCCACACUGCUCUCGCACCUUCACGCAUCGCAUGGGUCUAUUCGGCCACAUGCGAAUCCACGACAGCGGAAUUGACCGCAGUCCCGACUCAUCCAUCAUGCCAAAUCCCACGCCCACUUCACCACCCUGCGUGCCCACUGACCUUCCGCAACUGACACCGACACCACCGACUUCACCUGCCCACACUGUCCACGCACAUUCACCUCUCGCAUCGGCCUGGUCGGUCACUUGCGAAUCUGUCGCACAGAGACUGGGGAACCAGUGCCUGGAGCACCAACCUAUACACACCACACUCAACUCAACUGCCCAUACUGUCCUCGCACUUCCAGGCACCCACGAGAACGGGACUGACCACAAUUCCGACACGCCCACCACAUCCAACACAUCCACCGUGCCUAGCUUUACCCUCGCCUCAUAACCCUGCGUGCCCAUCACCACCACUACCGCCUCCUCUGUAGCUGACACCGACACCGCCGACUUACCAUGCCCACACUGCCCACGCACAUUCACCUCACACAUCGGCCUGAUCGGGCAUUUGCGAAUCCAUCGCACAGAGGCUGGCGAACCCCUCCAAGUGCGUGUUGGGUGUGCCUUCACUGGAGUUCCUCGGCCAUCAGGUCGACUCUGACGGUUUGCGUCCCCUCCCCUCCAAGGUUGAAGCAGUUCGUAAUUUCCCUCCACCAACUUCCAAGCGGCAGUUGCAGCGACUCCUCGGUAUGGUUAAUUUUUACCGCCGGUUCCUACCGAACUGUGCUGAUCUCAUGUUGCCGCUCACCAACAUGCUUUCUGGUCCCAAAGGCCCCCUCGAGCUGACUGGUGAAGCACUGACUGCUUUUGAGAAAAUCAAGAAUUCCCUUGCUGAUGCCACCUUACUCACGUAUCCCGCUCCCGAAGCUCAGUUGUCCCUGAUGGUAGAUGCUUCGACCGUAACCGUAGGUGCAGUCCUUCAACAACACCUUGCUGGUUCGACUCAAGCACUUGCCUUUUUCUCCAAAAAGCUCUUACCAGCUGAGACACGCUGCAGUACCUUUGGCCGUGAACUACUUGCCAUUUACCUGGCUGUGAAGCAUUUCCGGCAUUUCCUUGAAGGUCGUGACUUCAUUGUUUUCACUGACCACAAACCGUUGACUUUUGCACUUCGUUCCCACUCCGACAAGUGCAAUCCGAGGGAAAUCGCUCACCUGGACUACAUCUCCCAAUUCAUCACUGACAUCCGCCACAUUGAUGGCACGGAGAAUUAG